AUGUCAUCUUAUUCAUCACGUAAUAAUCGUUAUUAUGAUUCUACGCGUCCAUCACAUAGUGGUAACGCUCGAUUACAAUCAGGUAAUCCUGUUGAUAACGAAAAUAUUGAAGAAAUAUCUGAAGAUUUACAAAAAAUCUAUGAUGAUGAUUCAAAAUGUGCACGUUUAUUAAAGAAAGUUCUUCGUGAUGAACGAUCAUUUGAAAUACGUAUGCAACGUCUUCAAGAAUUUCAAGUUUAUCUUGAAAAAUCCGAUAGUAAUAAAUUUAUUAUGAAAAUAGCUCAGCCUGCACUCAAUGUACUUUUCGAACAAUUCCAAGAACGAGCUAAUGAAACUAUUCGAUCAGAAUUAGCUCGUUGUAUUGGAUUGAUUGGCUAUGUAAUGCUUAAUGAAGGCGAACCUAAAUUUGCUGAAUGGUUAUUUGAACGUUUAAAUGAAGUACGAAAAAAUGAUAUUCAAAAACAAUUUCUUAUCAGUGCAUUCCGAACAAGUAUUCAUAAUGAACAUGAAAUGUUAUGUUUAACUGAUCAUAUUCAACAUAUAAGUGAACAAUUAAAAAAAAUUCUUGAAUCAGUUGUUCAUGCACCGCUAAUGACUGUUAUAACAGACACAAUUAUUGAUCUAUCAAGAAUUUAUCCACAAAUAUUUCAAGAAAUUUUUGUUGAUAUUGUUGAUAUUCUUAUCGGAUGGUAUAUCGAACCAUUACCAACUGAUCUUAUACUUGAAUAUACAGGUCAAGCUUUACAAAAAUUUCGUCCAUUUUGGAUUGAACAAAUCGAAGGAACAACAUUAACUUUAUUAGAUCAUUUUAUUGAAGAUGCUGAUAGUUACGCUCAACAAUUUGAAAAUGAAGAAGAAAAUAAACGAGAAGCGAUGGCUUCAUUCACAGAUAAAAUUGCUGCUUUAUACAGAGCUUUUGCUACUGUUCUUCGUUCAUUAUCGGAUGAUUUUUCUACAACACCAAAUUUACUUCCAAUUGAAUAUGUUGAAAAUUGGUUACAAAAAAUUAUACAUACAACAACUAUAAUCAAACACGAUAAAUCUUUUGGUAUUCUAGCUAAACAUGCUAAUACAGCUGUUUAUAUUCUAUUAGAAAUAUUUACACAAUUUGAUGAACAAUUACAAAAAGAUAUAUUUGAUUUUAUUAGUCAACAAACAAAUCUUCAAAAACAAGAUUGGCCAUAUGAAGCUGAUGUUAAUUUACUUCGUUUAAUAAUGAAAGUUAUUGAUUUAGCUAAUCAUGAUUCAUGUGCUAUAUUAGCUAGUUCAAUAUUUGCAUUUAAUUCACGUAUAUGGCUCUAUAGAUUUUUAUAUUCGAAUUUGCUUAUACAAGAUGUUUUACAAUUAUUUAAUCGUCUAUUAACAAUAAAAAGUAUUCCAGUUGUUCAACAAGUUUAUCAAGCAAUUUUAGCUGAUAUGACAUCAAAUUUUAAUGUACUUUUAAAUGUACUCCAACAGAAAUCGAUUACUAUCGGUAGUGGAACAUCAACGACUAGUGAUUUAAAUGAAGAUGAUGCUGAAGCUGCACUUAUUUUUGAUUGCAGUGCUUUAUGUCAAAUUGGAAAUGUAAAAGGAAAUUUAAUUGGAAUGUAUGCACUUUCACCACCACUUUUUGAAUUACUUGCUAAACAUCUUCAAUUAACAAAUUCUAAAUUAGCGCGACAAUAUCCAGCUGUACAUUAUGGAGUACUUAAAACUCUUUAUUCUCAUUGUGCUGCACAUGAACAUUUUAUACAUAAUUCCGAUCUAUUUAAACAAAAUGAUACAAAUAGUGUUAUGAGUUCCACAAGUUUAACAAAAGAUAAUUUCGAAGAUUUAUUAAAACUUCAUCAUCGUCUUAUUGUUAAUAGUCAUCUUAGUUGUCAUGAUACAAAAAAAUUAGUAUUAAAUUGGCUUGCUGAAAUUAUUGAUGCAUUACCACAAGAAGAUAAUGGAUUAUUGACUUUACCACUUUUACUUAAAUUAUCACAUGCUAUUAUUGAUAUAGCUUAUUCGGAUGAAGAAGAAAUCUGUAAUUUAUGUUGUCGUUUAUUAAGUAAAAUUGUUAAAAGACAACGUGAUCUUGAUGUAUCAUUCUUAGUUCGUUUAUUUGAUUUAUGCCGAUUUUGGUUACAAUCCAAUGAAACAUCUAUUCAUGAUAGUUAUUAUGCUAUUCUAUGUUGUUUACCUGUUAAUAUUUUAACUAGUAAAUUUCCAACACAUGGUACAUUAUUAUCAUCUAAAAAUGAUUAUUCCGGUUUUGCUAGUAUUGUUAAACGAAAUCAUAUGAAUACACCAUACUUAGGAACAUUUACAACACAUUGCUUUAAUCUAAUAUUAGGUUAUGUACUUGUUAAUCAUCAAAUGCCACGUAUGUAUGCAAGUACAUGGCUUGAACGUUUAUUUCAAUCAUGCCAACGUAAAAGUAAAAAUGGAUUAUCAAAUGAAGAACAAUUAUCUGAUAAUCAACAUCGUAUGUUAAGUUAUGAACAAUUACCAAAUUUUGGAAAUGAUGCAUUGAUAUGGUUUUGGGCUAUAUGGGAAUGUGCACAAUUUUGUGUCAUGAAUAAGUUAAAGACACCACUUGGAAAACCACAAGAAACAUUUUUAGCACUUGAAGAAACGUUACGAUUUUUUGCUUGGCCAGUUAAUAAUAAUAGUAAAAAAAAUGAAGGAUCUUCAUCUGAACAAAUCAAUCGUUCAUCAACACCAAAUCCUCCAGUAACAUCAUCAUCAAAUGAAGUAAACCUAUCAACAGAUAAAGGUGAUUGGUGGUGUGAUUUACAUCGUUGUGGUCUUUUAUUACAAUUAAUUGAAGCACUUGAAAAAUGUAUGUAUAAUGCAUAUGAAGGUGCAGCACUUUCACUUCCACAAUUACCAAAACCUGUGAAAUUCUUUUUUAUUACAAACAAAUCUACAUGUCUUGAAUGGCUUAAUCGUAUACGUAUUCCAAUUAUAUUAACAGCUGUACGAAGUGGUCAAUAUGAAUCAGCUGUACGAAAUUGUAAUCAAUAUUUAAUGCAUGUUUGUUCAUUAGGUCAAGCAGAAGCAUCCGAAUUUGAAUUUGUUAUAAUAUCAUUUGUUCAAUCACUUAUUAAACUUCAUAAUAGUAUGGCAAUUCAUGGCAUAUAUAUUUGGUUAAAAAAUCAUCAUCAACUUGAUUGGACAUGGAUACAAGCUUGUGAACAUGAAGCAGCUGGUAAUCUUGAACAAGCUGCAUAUGAAUAUAAAUUAUUAUUAAAUGAUCAUUUUAAAAUUUUAUCAAAACUCAAUGAAAUCAAUGAUGAAAAAAUAUCGAGUCCAUUAAUUAAAUUUUUAACACAAAAAGUAUAUGAUUGUUAUUUAAGUCUUCAUCAAUGGCCAGAAUUAAUUGCAUGGAAUGAUGCAUGUAUUAAAAUGCAAUUAGUCUUUUUACAAGAUGAUAAAGAUGAUUUACGUACAGCUAUGGAAUCAACAAUUGAUAUGAAUGCAAUUCGAGCUAUGAGUUGUUUUGAAAAUCGAGAUUAUGAAGGUUUAAAAUUAGUUAUGAGAAAAAUGCCAAAUGCACAAGAAACAGGUGAAGAACUUGGAAGAAGUAUAUCAUGUGGUUGGGAUAUGGAAGCAUUUGAUAUGUUAGCAAAUGUUGAAACAUUAAAAGGUGUAUCAAAACGGAGAUCUGGUCUUUGGUCAUUAAAUGCAGUACUUCAAUUAACACAAGAUUUAACCCGAAUUCAUAAUGUUGACGAACAUGCUUCAUGGUCGGAAGAAAGAGCAGCUAUAAGUCAAGUUGCAGCUCUAUAUCAAAGCGAAAAUCGUGAAGUUCCACUAUUACCAGGACAUAAAUUUGCACCAGUUCAACAUAGUGUACGAGCAUUGAAUUCUGUACUUCUCUAUAGUCAACCAAGUUUUAAUAAUCAAAAUGCAUCAUCAACUAUAAAUUCAAAUUGGACCGCUCUUCGAAUGGGUGCAGCACGAUUAGCACGUCAACAAAAUAAUUUUACAUUAGCUUCAAAAUUAUUAAUUCAACAAUUUCAAUCAACUCAUACAUGGUCAACAGGUCCUUCAACUCCACAAUCGAAUAAUACUCCUUUAGGUUCUCCUCUACGUUCAUUUCAUUCGGAUAUAUCAUCAACAGAAACAUAUUCUCUUGCAUCACUUAUAACCAUGAUUGAACGUUAUCAAAAUGCACAUAUGGUUUCAAUUGAACUUGAAACAGAAACAGCAAAAUUAAUACAUGCACUUGCAUUAAAUAAAGCAAAUAAUAUAAAUAUAACAAUUGCGAUUGAAUUUCUUUCACGGUCAAUUCUACGACAUUUAAUAAAUGAAAGUCAAAUUAAUCAAGCUUAUAAUAAUAAUAAUCAACGUACAUUAAUAAAUAUUGAGAAAUGUUCAAGAAAUUUAUUACAUAUUGCCAGAUGGUCACGUACAGCAAUUGAUAAUAAUUCUGAAACAACAUCAUCAAAUGUAAUGUCAUUAAGUAAAUUAUUUCAAUUAAGAAAACAAUAUCUUCAUACGGGAUUAGGUGUUGAUAUUGCUGGAGAACCUUUUGUUCGAAAAAAUAUUCCAUUAGAUGAAUUAUUAAUUGGAGAAUUAUUAGAUUUUUCAGCAUUAACUUGUCCAAAUCUAGCGAAAACAUGGUUUCGAUUUGCAGAUUGGGCAUAUGCAUGGGGACGACAAUUACUUGCUCGAUCAAUACCAUUAUCAUCAAUAGAUAUUGGACAACAAGUUCGCGCAAUUCUUCCACCGGAAGUUUCAUCUGACGAAAUAACUGAAAUAUCACGUAUACUUUCAUCAAUUCGAAUUUUAAAUGAUGAUGAUUCUGAACUUACGGCUUCGGAAUUAUCAUCACUUCAUUCUUAUCGUACUGAUUUAUCUCGAUCUUGUUCUUUACUGACGAAACAUCCAAUAUUAAUUGAAAAAUUACUUGCUUUACAUCCACAAUUUGAUUUACGUCGUUAUUUUCUAUUAGAACAAUCUUGUCGUGCUUAUUUUACAUAUUUACAAUUAAGUAAUAUAAAUACUCAUGGAAAUUUAAAUGAAAAAAAAUUAAAUAAUAAUAAUAAUGAUGAUGCAUCAAAUGUUCUUGUUACAUUACGUUUAUUACGUGUACUUGUACGUUAUCCUCAACAAUUACGUACCAUAUUUGAAACAAAUCUUAUUAAUAUGCCAACUGUUGCAUGGAAACGUCUUAUACCACAAUUAUUUUCACGUUUAAAUCAUCCUGAUAGUUUUGUACGUGAUUAUGUAACAAAUUUAUUAAUACGUAUAGCAAAAGAUUUUCCACAAUUAAUUCUCUAUUCGGUUAUUGUUGGAAUAACAGAUGAUUCCAAAAUGAGACGAAUGAAAUCAAGAGAUGAAAAUAUCUAUAAAAGAAAAUCAUUGAGUAUACAUGGAUCAGAUGAUGAUAAAUCUCAAGAUGAAAAUGAAGAUGAUGAUGAAGAAGAAGAAGAUGAUGAUGAUGGCAUCGAAGAAGAGGAAAUUGUUGAAAAACAAGAAAAUGUUUUAGCUAUGCAAAAUAGUUUUCGAUUAAUUUAUAAUGUACUUUCGGAAACAAAUGCACAUGUUGUUGGACAAGUUAAAUUAUUUGUACAUGAAUUACGACGUGUAACUGUUCUAUGGGAUGAACUUUGGUUAGGAACAAUGGCACAAUUACAAGAAGAAAUAAAUCGACGUGUUGAUGCACUAAAAGAAGAACUUCAACGUCUUGAACCGAUGACACAUUUAACAAAAGAAGAAAAAGAAUUUUUAAUAAAAGAAAAACAAGAUGUUUUAUUUAAAUCUUUUAUCACGGUUCUUGAAGCAGUUAGUCAAGUAACACGUUCAGCUGCAGAAACACCACGUGAACAAACAUUUCAAAAAGAUUAUAGUAAACAAAUUGAUGCAGCAAUUGAACAAUUAAAACAACCCAUUACAUUAUCUAAUCCACAUGCAUGUUGGUUACAACUUCGACAACUUUAUUCAAUGUUACAUCGCACUGGUAAACGAUCAGGUACAAUUCAUGCUAUGAAUCAAAUAAGUCCAAAAUUAGCACAAAUUAAACAUAGUGCUAUACCAAUUCCAGGAGAAGAUGGACAGUUUCUUACAAUUCAUAGUGUUGGUCAAACAGUUCAAGUUUUACCAACAAAAACUCGGCCGAAAAAAUUAAUGUUUGUUGGAUCGAAUGGUCGUCGAUAUCAAUAUUUAUUGAAAGGACUUGAAGAUCUUCAUUUAGAUGAACGUAUUAUGCAAUUAUUAUCUAUAAUAAAUGUAAUGUUUACAAAAAUCAAUCGUAAUGAACCAUGGUCAUAUGAAGCUCGAAAUUAUACAGUUAUACCACUUGCAUCAAGAAGUGGUUUAAUUCAAUGGGUUGAAGGUGCAACACCAUUAUUUACACUAUAUAAACGAUGGCAACAACGACAAGCAACAGCACAAACUUGGAAAGCUCAAAAUGAUAAUCAAGAAACUACUUUAGCAAUUGUACAAAAACCAAAUGAUAUUUAUUAUUCGAAAUUAAAUGCUAUAUUAAAAGAAAAAGGUAAACAACCAGUAGAAGAUCGACGUGAAGUACCAAUGCCAAUAUUACGUCAAUGUAUUGAAGAAUUAAUACGUGAAACACCAGCCGAUUUAUUAGCACGUGAAUUAUGGUGUAGUUGUCCAAGCGUAGGUUUAUGGUAUAAAAAUGUUCAAAACUACAGUCGAUCAUUAGCAGUUACAUCAAUGAUUGGAUAUAUGAUUGGUCUAGGUGAUCGUCAUCUUGAUAAUGUUCUUGUUGAUUUAAAAUCUGGUCAAAUAAUUCAUAUUGAUUAUAAUAUUUGUUUUGAAAAAGGUAAAAAAUUACGUGUACCUGAAAAAGUUCCAUAUCGUUUAACACAAAACUUACAAAAUGCACUUGGUAUUGCUGGACUUGAAGGUGUAUUUUCAUUAUCAUCAGAAAAUGUUCUUGGAAUAUUACGUAAUGGAAAAGAAAUCUUACUUAAUUUACUUGAAUCAUUUAUUUAUGAUCCAUUAAUUGAUUGGACUGGUCAUGAUACAGGUAUACUUUCUGCAUUUUAUGGUGGACAAAGUAAUUUAUAUGAACAAAUAACAAUUAAAAAACGUCAAGUAGAAAAAGAUGCUCUAUUACGAAUGUUUCACUUACGUACAAUUGAAAUACGACAAAAUUGGAUUAGUUUAGGUGAAUCAAUUAAUCGUACAAUGAAUAAAUUAAUUCAACGUGUUAAUGAUAUAAAUGAAUUAGAUAAAAAUUUAUAUGAACAUGAAAUAAAAUUAAAUAUAAUGGAUAAACGUUUAGAUUAUUUUAAAACAGCUUUAGAAACUACUUCAACAAAUCAUUCAUUAUUUUCAUUACUUGAUAGACGAAAAAAAUUACAAAUAAUACGAACAGAUAUGAAUACAGCAAGAGAUUUAGUUUUGUCACUUUAUGAAAAUCUUAAUGGUAUUGUAAUGAAUAGUGAUGAAGCACAUCAAGAUUUAAAAUCGAAAAAAUUUUCUGAUAAACUUCAUGAAUUUAUUGAAAAUGAUAAUGUUUUAAUUAGUACAUCACCUGUUGUUCUUGCUGCUGAUUUUCUUCAAACAGCAGGAAAAUCAACAUUACUUCAUCAGAGUGAACAAUUAGAUGAUGAACUACGAAAUGCUCUUACAAUCUAUCGAACAGCACAACAACCAACAGUUACAAAUGUUUUGAAAGAUCUUGUCGAACUUUGUCAAUAUUUACCUAUUGACUAUAUUCAAACAACAUAUUUAGCGACACUUAAAAAUCAUCUAAAUGAACUUUAUAAUGAUUUUACAACAGAAAAAUGUCAAGAAUUUUUGAAUUUUAUUGAUACAUACUUUCUAAUUAACGACACAUCAUCAUCACGUUUAGAAUUAAUAACACGAACUGUAUCUAUUGAUAAACAAUUGAAUGAAUAUACUCAAAUUAUAAACAAAGAACUCAAUGAGAUUUCGGAGUUACAAAUAUUUCUGAAUCAAUCAUCUAAUGAUGGUACUAUGUAUGAAAAUCUACUUAAUACAAAACUUCAAAAUCUCGAUGAUAAUGAAUAUACAAAUUAUCGUAAUAUUCUUUCACUUAUGUUAUUUGAUCGUUGGCAACAUUGUCGACAAAUGAGUGAUAGAGCAAAGAUUAUUUAUAAGACAUCAUUGACUGAUACAAAUGAUGAUACAUUUAUUAAUGAAAUAUAUACACUUAUUGGUAAUACAGCUUAUUUAGCUUCAAUUAUUAAACAAAAUAGUACAAUAAUAUCAUUAAAUUCUGUAUUUAUUGAUAAUGCAGUUAAAUUAACUAGCAGUUUGGAAAAUAUCUUUCGAUUAUUCAAGAAUAUAAUCAACAACUUCGAAAUGGUAACAAUUCCAUGUUUAAUUCGUGGUGCUUGUUCUAAACAGAAUAGUCUUAUGAUGUGUAUGGAUUUAUUAAAUAAUUCUUUCAAACAAAUUCAACCAAUAGCAAAUUCAAAUUCAGCAACAUUAAAUGAUGAUAUAUGCCAAACUAUUUAUCAGCAACUUCGUUCAUCUUGGACAACAACACCUAAUGAAAUAUUCGAUACAUUUUUAAAUCUAUCAAAUUCAUUCGAUGAUCUUGAUAAAGAAUUUGUUAAUAUUUCUACACUUUUUCAAAGUUUAGAAAUACCACCUACGUGGUUACAAUCAUCAUUAUUUGAUUGGAGAAAAACAAAUAUCGGUAAUGAUAAUCAUCGACAAGUUUUAAAAAAGUUUUUUAUUAUGAGUAAAAUUGCAACAAUGAAACAAAUUUGUCAAUUAACUAUUGAUCAUUUACAAACAUUUGAUAAUCUUAAAUCACAAAUAAUAAAAGAUAAUGAUUUUAGUAAAAUAAUAAAACAACUUCUUAUGCUUCAUAUUAUUCAAAAUUUUAUUGAUUUACCAUCUUUGGCAACAAGCUAUUUAAUACUUUCAUUAAUACCAUCAUCACAAACGAUUCUGGAAAAUGAUUUUAUUCAUACUGAUAUACAAUUUCAAGAAUUUAUCAAUAGAUUUUGUUUAUUAACAUCAACAUCACAAAUCACUGAUCUUCAACAAUUAUUAUCAGAAAUAAAUGGUUUAUGGCAAAAUCGUAAUAAUGCUGAACAAAUUAAAACAUCAUUGGAAAUAUUACAGAUAAGAAAACAUACAAAUGAAAUGCAAUUACUUGCCUAUCGAUGGAAAAACUAUUAUUUACUUGAACCAAAUAAUAAAAAUCAACAACGAAAAGCAAUAUGUGACGAAUUACUAACGGAUCAAGGUAUAUUAUCGAUUACGGAUAGUACAUCGACAACGAUUAUUGAUAAAAUAACGAAUCUUGAGCAAACAGUUAUUCAACGAUUAAGAUGGGCUGCUGGUGCUAAUCCAUUAGUACAAGAUGUUCUUGUUAAAUUUGAAAUUCGACAAAAAGAACGUGCUAAUGAAAUAGAUAAUGAUAAACAAGUAUGUUCACAUCUUGUUAAAAUUCUUCAAUCAUGGUUACUUUUUGAACAAUAUGAAGAACAAAUAAAAUUACAAGGAGAUUUAAUUCUUCAUGCACGGACGUUUGCAGAAAAAGGGUUAGAAAUUUGUCAAUUAAAAACAAGUAUUGAAUCAAAUUUUACUACGGUUGAACAAGCUGUAUUAGAAUUUCAACCAAUUGAAAAUUUAGAUCAAAUAACAUUACAAAAUCUUCCAUCAUUAAUUGAUCAAGCAGAAAAUGAAUGUAUGAAACAAAAACGAAAUCGAAUUAAAGAAGAACGAGAACUUGAAAAUCGUCGUGAUGAAACCAAUCAUUUAAUAAAUGAAUUAAAAGAACAUAUGUCUCAACAUAAUACUAUCUUCAAAGAUAUAUCAUCUGUAUUAAAAAGUUUACUUAAAAUUAUUCCACAUCAAGCAUUAGUCAAUUAUUCACAUAUUCAUCGUGAAUUUCUUGAACUAUGCCAUACAAUUGUUAAACAUACACUUCAUAUUGAAAAAAAUAAUUCCAGUCGAUAUGAUGAACUUAUUACAAAAAUGAAACGAAUUUUAACAAUUAAAACAAAAGUUUUUGAUGAUUUAAUUCAAUUAAAUCCAACGAUUGAUAAUGAAAAUCGAGAAAAACCCAAUUCAUUAACAGCAAAUGCAAAUGCUCAACAAGAAACAACAGAUAAGACAACAAAAGUUAUUGAAGAACGAAAUAAAUAUGCUGUUGAAAUAUGUAAACGAAUUCGUGAUAAACUUGAUGGUUCAGAUCCUGAUCCAUUAAUUCAAAGUUCAAUUAGUGAACAAGUUCGUUAUACAAUUCGUGAAGCAACAGAUGUUGAAAAUUUAGCAACACUUUAUGAAGGAUGGACAUCAUGGGUAUGA